AUGAAGCUGGAUCAUUGGAAAUUGGAAGCUGUUGAAGUCGAAGAUGCCGAAGAACUCUUUUGGCCAACCAGUCCAACUCGUUAUUAUUCCAUCCCUCGAUCAACCCAGCAGCAGAGACCUGCUCCUGCUGCUCCACGCAUGGACAAACUGCACAGUCCAACGCUUUUGCAACAACUAGCCUUGGAGGCCUUUCUCGCUCAGCUGAAAAACUUGUGCCAAGAAAAGAAUUACGGCGAAAACAAACGAGCGUUAAAGCAUUACCUGAAAUUUCAACUUCCUGCCACCAUCCGACAGCAGCUGCUCGAUGCGUCGAUGAAAGACAGCCGCAUCUACACACUCAUUGAUUUGAGCAUGUUUGAGCUUUUGUUGUCGACCUCCGUUAAGCACGUACACGUGCAAUCAGUUCGGACAUUCUUCCGGCAGUCGUUCGUGACUUCGCUGCGCCAACUUGGCACUGGACUUGAAAAUCUAACCAUUCAGGACAGCUCGUGGCUGCAGCGCCGUGACUAUUUACCCCCAGCUUUGGCACGAAUGACGCAUUUACGUCGAAUUUCGCUACGCUACUUGGCAAACGACACGAUGAUUGCAGCAUUGGCUAAAAAUUGUCGUCACCUCCAGGAAAUGGACGUGUGCUAUUCGAUUGACGUAACCGACAGUGGAAUAAAACUACUCUGUGACCCCGAUCUAAUCAAAGAGUCCGCAGCGCAAGAACCGCAAACAUCCGCCCGCGGAUGGAAAUCCGAACGAGAGCGUUGCCGGAAGAUAUCGGCUCCAUCAGCAUCACAUAACCAUGUUUCCGGAUGUAUGGUUUGGUUUCCUCGACUUCUCGUCCGCGGUAUCCGACGCUACUCGGUCGUCGACGAAAAGCAGGUCAACAACAGAGAACCCAAUUUGGUCUACGACGACGACAAUUCCCCGCAAUGGCCAGAAGAUGAAGAACAAGAAAUGAUGGCCGACGGGGAAAUCCCUCCGACUUGCAUCAAAUCCCUCCGACGGCUGGAAAUUCUCGGCACCAGCAUCACACCAUCGGGAAUUCAAAUGAUUUCGGCAGCAGCCUCUCCCGUCAUCACUAUCGUCACUUGAAUUAUUGCACCCCCCUUCAAAAAAACUGUUAUUUGCUCAUUCAAUAUAAUAGUUUUAUACUACGCA